AUGAACACACCCAGGGCCUCCCUGAUCCCUCUGGAAGUGGAAACAGCGAAGGAGUUGCAGCUGCGGGUGACUCCGCCGGAGCUGAAGUUCCUGGACACGCUGGUGGGGAGGGUCUACCGCCAGUCAGUUACUGUCCACAAUCUUGGCCGCAGCAACCAGAAGAUCCGGUUUCUGGAGCCGGUCAAACCACAGUUUAAACUGCUUUUGUCAAAUGUGGAUAAAGAACUUGCUUCUGGACUUCAAACGACAGCUAUAGUGGAAUAUCAUCCUAAUAAAAAUGAAGACACUUUUGACCAACUACGUAUUGCAGUAGGAAACAAAGCAAUAGAGGUUCCUCUUGUUGGGUUGAUUCCAUCCUGUAAAUUGGAAAUGGGGACAGAAGUUAAUUUUGGCACUGUGGUUGCCAGUAGUAAAGUGCAUUGUAAAGAGAUUAGUAUCAUUAACCGUGGCAAGGCUCCAGGUAUGUUUAAAACAGAAUACCAGGGCCAAUUACCCAUUGUCAUUUUUCCAACUGAUGGUGUUGUGGAGCCCAAGUCCUCAAAGAUUGUUAAAGUGGAUUUCUGUGCAGACCAGCCCAGAGUUGUAAAUGAAAUGGCAAAAGUGAGUUUGCAAGGUCGUCCAGACAUAUUCUUGAAUAUCAAAGUUCAUGUGGUUGAGCAGAUUAUUGAAUUGUUAAACAUGAAUGAUAAUAAAAAGGUGGAAUGUAUACACUUUGGUUCUACUUUCUUUGGAACAUCAAAGAUGGAACAUGCACUUCUGUACAAUAAUAGCCCAGAACUUAUAAAUUGGGUGGCUAUAAUACAAAAUGAUUCAGUUGGAGAAGAAUUGGGUACAAAUAUUCUACAAAGAACAGAUGUUGCUAUAAACAAUCUCAGCUACUUAAGACAAAUAAGGAACAUAGAUAUUACCACUUUUAUCUCCUGUGUUCCUAACGAAGGGAGGUUACUACCUUAUCAAAAGACUAAAAUUACAUUUUGUUUCAGCCCAAAGCUAGCCGCUGAUAGUAAAACGGAUAAUGACCCUUCACACAGGCAAGACUAUGUUGUCUUUAUAAGAUUUGACUCUGUCGGAAGUAAGGAUGGGUUUUUGAGAGAUGAUAACUCUAAAACCGUCAAACAUGAUCGAUUUCAGAAACUGGAAUUAGCACUGACAGGGUCAGGACUUCCUGUUAAAAUACAGUUUGAUUCAGGAAACGUUCUUAACUUUACGCCUUGUACCAUUGGUGAACAUUCAGAGAUUUCGUUUAUUAUGGAAAAUCUAUCCAAAUCACUGCCUGUGACGUACAACUUUAGAAAAACUGCAAAUUUUAGAAUUGAACCUAAAAGGGGCAACGUUGCUGAAAGAUGUAUGCAGAAAAUGACAUGUUCAUUCAUUCCACAUCAAAUUGGAGUCUUUAAAGUGAAACAGUUCAUAGAGUUUAUUGGCCCAGUGCCAGAUAAAAAUUUUCAAUCUUUAUUGUUGAAACCUUUUCAUCAAAUAUAUUUAGUUUUCAAGAGUGUCUGCAAACUUUCCACCAAGGAAGUUGUGUUGAAAGUCAAUCCUGGCAUAUCCCCUUUCAUCAUUAAUCCUUUGGGACAGUUUGUGGUCAAAGAUUUUGCAAAACACCAGGAAUAUGCACCUGUUGCAAUGCUUCAAUCAGCCAAGACAACCAUUCACAAUCAUCGCUCAAGUAAAGAGUCAGUGAAGGAUGCGCUGAUAGCUUUUCCCAAUGACCGAGCUGCAAGUAUCAGGCCUGGAGACCAGGAUAAACAUUUCAGGACGAUUUUCACAAAAAUUCCAAGACAUAACUAUGUGGAUCCUGAGUUUGCAUAUACGGAUUCUGAAAUAUUAGAAAAGAAAUCACAUGAAGGCUAUUAUGCAAGAUACAUUGACUAUUUAAGAUAUGUGCGCCUGCAGAAACAAACAGAGAGGAAAGAUGUAUUUCCAUAUGACGAGCUAGAUAUAGGAUUAGAGCCUGCGUUAGGCCUAAAGUCACCCUCACUCUCGGUAUCGGACAUCGAAGAGGACCUAUCUUUAGCAGAAUGUGAGCUCAAACCUUACCAACUGCUUUGUACCAGGAAUAUGGAAUCCAAGGAAGCAAUGGCUCUAGAAAGAAAGGUUUUCAAAAGACUUAAAUCAUACCCAUUCACACCUUCUGAAAAACGUGAUUGCAGCUUAAUUUUGACACCAAAGCAAAUUCAUCAAGUAAUUGUUGGGCCCUCUGUCCUUAAUUUUGGUGAUAUUUGUGUGAACUCUAUAAAUACUCAUCUACUGCACGUUGUUAAUAUGCUACCUAAGUAUAUUUUGCUCAAUUUAGAUGUUAAUUUGAAAGAACUUCAGAAAACCAAACAAUUUUCAUAUGUGAUUCCACCUUCAGCCAGUACUUAUAUUUCAAUAAUAUUUCAGUCUCCCACCGCUGGAAAAUUUUGGAAGUCUUUCACCUUUAGAGUGAACAAUAUCCCUGGUGGCCACCUCCUAGUGAGGGCAGUUGUCAUGCCAGUAAGACUUGAACUAUCGUCUGAUGAGCUAGUGUUAAAACCAUAUGGUUUCUUGUUGAAAACAUGUUUUAGAGAAACAGUUAAGUUGCAUAAUAAUCAGAAUUAUCUUGUUCACUUUGAAUGGAUACCAGUAAACACAAGAAGAGGAAUAACAUUUUCCAUUCGUCCAAGUAAAGGCACUGUUGACCCUUACUCCUCAUUGGAAUGUGAAGUUACAUGGCUGCCGGGUUUUAGUGCUCCAGAAAGGGGAGAAUUUAUUCUUCAUGUUGAUGAAGGAAACACGAUGACACUGAAAUGUGUUGCACAUCGUGGUAGUACCAAGGUCUUAUUUUUGCAGCCAAGGAUAAUCUUCACUAAUAGCCCUCAAGGUUUAACAACUUGGAAGAGAGUCGUUCUUCACAAUGUAGGACAAAACCAUGCUUAUUUCAAGGUUUGCACUAAGAGUCUUUUGUCUAUCAUUAAUAUUAUUCCAUCAGAAGGAGUAAUUCCAUAUGGAGGGCUAAGUAUUCUCACUAUCGCCUAUACACCUACGUUGGCAGAAAAAUUUGAUACAAUAGCAAAGGUUGCUAUUCACCAAGCAAGUAGCAUAGACCUUAGAAUUGGUGGAACUGCUGAAGUUGCUAAUGUCGAAAUCAAACCAGACAGAUUUAUCUUCAGUGGCACUUUUAUUGGUGGUACUGAGAUUAUUCCAUUUUUAGUAAAAAACAAAGGUGGAGCACGUGUCAGAGUGGAAUUUAAUCUAGAAGGCUGUAAAUAUUUUGCAAUGGAUUUUAAAGACAAAUCAGAGAAACACACAGACCCUGCUUCCCCUGAUGUAUAUUUUUUGGAGUUAGAGAAAAAGACGUCUAUGGAAUGUGGCAUAACAUUUUCUCCCAAAGAAGUGACAACGUAUGAAUUUACCUUUCACGUUGGAAUUAAUUUCUUUGAAUCUUCAAAACUGUACACUCAAUAUCAUUUGUCAAAAUCUCCUAUGCCUCGGAUCCCUCUUAUUCGACCAUGUUAUGUUCAAGCUACUGUAUUAGAGGCACCAGUGAAAUUAUCCAAAAGUGAAUUUAUAUUUAAUAUUCCACCAUUUGCUGUGAAUCUCAAGAAAAGGACCGCAAGAACUCAGCAUUUUGUCUUACAUAAUUUCUCAAGAAGAGUUGUGGAAUGGACUUUGGAUACUAGCGAAAAUGAAAAACUUUUCAAAGAUAACAUAUUCGUUUUUAGUAUGCCGAAUGGGAUUCUACAACCAAAUGAAAAGUGUAAAAUUUCCCUAACUUUUCAUCCAUGUCAGCCUAUAAAAUACACAGCUAAUGUUCCUCUACGUUUAAAUAGUACUCCAACUUGCUAUCAAAUGUUACAUCUGGUUGGAGAGAUACAAUUGCCCAAGUUAUUGUUUGACCCUUCAUUCAUAUUUUUCACUCCUGUUCCUUUGAAUGUAACAACUGUGGUGGAUGUCAACAUUUCAUGUAAAAAUUAUUACAGAGAUACAACUAUAAAGGUCAUGAUUCCCCGAGCAAGGCGUCUUGGUGGUGAUGAAGAGAUUUACCCUCUUUCUGUGAAUUUUCCAAAAGGCUCAUUCAUCAGAGCCUCUCUCAGUGGAACUAACAAUGAUCUCUUUUGCCAUGUCAGCUUCAAAUCAUCUAAACCUGUGUCAUUUUUCACCAGUAUUUUUUUCUGUGAUGAUGAAGAUAACAGGUUUUCAAUUCCAGUUAUUGCAACAGCAGAAAACUGCAUUCUUACUAUUUAUCCAUAUUUGGCAGUUCCUCUUGAUGACAAAGACAUUAUUGUAAGGAAUGACAGGGAUCCCAUUGCUGUGAAGACUAUAGACAAUGUUUUGCUUCCUUCUGCAACAGCUGGAUUAUCCUCUUCUGCUCCUUCUGUAUGUGACGAUGUUGAACCUGAGAAGAGAUUAUUUAUUGGAAUGGACACAACAGUUACAAAAUUGAACUUGGCCAAAAGUGAAAAGUCAAAGAAGAAAGGCAAAAAAUUGAUGGAAGAGGAGGAGAAAAAUCAGAAGUUUAUUCCUGAACCAGGAACAAAGGCAUAUGACUUCUUUCAGAAGAUUGUAAAUGCAGCUCAGUCCUGGUUCAGCCUCUUUGGCUGGCCUGAAGGACCGCAUUCUCUUUCUAUUCCAGAGACUAUAAGAAGGGAUGUGAAUAAAAUGCAAGCCUUCGCAUCAUUCUCAUUAGGCCAAAAAAAUUCCAAACCGUAUGACUUUUUAAGAUAUACUAAAACCAUUUAUGAUGUGAUAUUCCACUUGAGUGGAGUAAUGCCUGAUGGAAUUAAUUCUAGUCAGUCUUUACCUGUGGAUUAUACUGAAAGGGUCCUUCAACUUCAUAUGCAACAUUCUUCGGUUCUUGACUUUCUCAGAACUCACGGAGCAUGUUUUGCUCAUGUAAUACCAGAAUUUCUGUUUGAACCAGAAGAUUAUAAGAGGUGGAUUGAAAUUAGACAUUCCGCUAAUACCUUGCCGGAGUAUUCCUCUAUACCUGAGAAAAAGCGUUCUUUUGUUAUAGAUAUGACUGAGUUUGAAGCCUGGAGUAAACGGGCAUGGACAGAUGUAUUCCUUCAGAUAUAUAAGGUUCUGGUGCUAUCCCAGGUUGUACCACAUUCCAUAACUGAUUUACCUGCUAUAUAUAUGCAGAAUUCACCAAAAGUCAAUGCUUGUUUUGUAUCCAGCAACUUAUAUUCUAAUUCUGAAAGAAUUCUUCUUAGUUGGAUAAACACACAUUAUGAAAAUACCAGACGUAGUAUAUGGAAAAACUGUCACAAAGACUGUGUUCCCUCUGAGAGAUGGAUAGUAAAUUUUGACAAAGACUUUGCAGAUGGCCUUGCUUUUGCCACAGCAUUGGGAGCCUAUUGCCCAUUUCUGAUUGAGCCUUAUUUUGAAAAUAUGUACACACAACCAAAAAGUCCUGAACAGUAUUUUCACAAUUGCCUGAUUAUUGUGAAUAGUCUUCGUGAAAUUGACUUGAACAUGGGCAUACAGGCCUCUGACAUCUGUGACCCUAAUCCAGUCAUGAUACUCAUGCUUUGUGUCUACAUGCAUGAAAGACUCCCUACAUAUAUCCCCAAGGACUUGGUGAUCUUUCCUUGUACUCUACAUGACACUGUGAUGAGACAGAUUCUAGUGACAAAUCCAAGCUCCAAAGAAUUAGUGUAUAAAGCUGCAAUUAUUGGAAGAGAUGCCGCUGACUUCUCCCUCUCCCAAACUGGGGAUAUUGUGACAAUUCCUCCAAGAGACAAAAUCUGUAUCACUCUGAAAUUCUCCAGUCGCUUCCUCCAUCCUGCUGAAGCUUCGGUGCUAUUCAUUUCAAAACCGAAGACUGCAGUAGGAGGCACUACAAUGGUUUUUGCUCUCAAGGGUGAAGUCCGAAAAUUUAAACCCAUUGAAAUUAUAAAAUGCGAAAACCCAUGUUAUAACUGGAAAGAAAUCACUGUGAAGGUUAAAAAUGUCUUCCAUAUUGCUGGUGACUUCAGCAUCAUUUUGGUGGAAUCCUCAACAUUUAUCUCGUUGACAUCUCAAUUAAGUGCACCUGGACAACUCCUUAUCUUUAGAAACAAGGGUAAUGAUGGAAUUACCAGUGAACUUGAUACCGCUGAGGACCUCUUUCAUGCUCCCAAAACCUUAAAAACCUCAAUUAGAUCCAGUUUCAUCAGAGAGUUCUUCUGCUCCUCACCAACUAUUCACCUGGGAGUGAAAAAGACCUCAGACUUGGAGCUCUUCUUUGUUCCCUUUGACAUGCAAACACGCUACUGUGUCAUCAUCCUCAACAACAAAAUGAUUGGAGAAUUAGUAUACAUUGUGGAAGGAAAAGGUACAAUUCCCAUGCCUUCCAGCCUGCCUGUAGAGACUUUCUCAACAUUAUAUGACUACACAUGUUCUCCAAAAGUGUUUAACAAGGACGAUCCAGUUCUGUAUUUGAAAUGUAAAUCCCAGGAAGUGUUGGAUACCGACCUUAUGUUGCCACUGACUAAUGAAGCCAAGGAAAAGGCAUUGGCUUUUGCAGCACAGAAACAGAUGUCAGAUGUGGAGUAUCAGCGAAGAUUGCUCACAGGCACUCUGGAGAGCAGCAGCAUCCGUGUGGCCAUUGCCAUCCUGGGGCUGACCAGGGUCGAGACUUAUAUGCUCUUUACUAUCUCAAGGUUAAAGCAGCCUAAGUCCAUUUUAUACACAACAGAAGUGAGCCUUCCAGAAUAUUUUUAUAUCCCCAGGGAAAUCCACAUUCCUCAGUAUCCAGCAAUUCAAGCGGAAGGACUUAAACCUACAAAUAAAAAAGAUGGAUGUUUUCCUGUUUCUUUACAAUUUUCUCCUCGCUGUCCUGGACGCUACCCUUGUAAAAUUUUGUUGACGUCAAGAUAUGAUGUGCGUCUCUAUUACAUUGAAGGCGUGGCGAAUGAUGAACAUCCAGAGGCUAGAUUUGACUUUGAAACACCAGCAUUUGAAGCCCUUACCCAGAAUAUUCCAAUCGUGAAUAAAACAGAGAAUGAAUGGAAAUGUCAAGUAACUAUAGAAGGAGAAUGUUUUUAUGGACCUCUUAAUUUUUCUGUUGGACCAGGUGAAACUGCACAAUAUCCUCUCACAUUCAAACCUCUUUUGGAAUGUGAGAUUAUGGGCAAACUUACUCUACAAAAUAAAAUAGAUGGCAUGGAGCAUGUCUUUAUCAUGAAAGGGAUUGGUAAAAGCCCCGCGGCCUUUGAACACAUCAUUGCAAACUGUCGUUUGGGAAUCCCAGAAGAUAGAACCAUAAUGGUGCCCAAUUAUACAAAGAAUAUCGUAACAUUUAAGGUAUCUUCAGAUCUUCCAAUAGUGUGGGGAAAGCCACACGUCACCAUAGAACCUGAUAGUAUGGUUCCAUAUGUUAUACACAUCAGCUCUUGGAAACGUGGUGUAUUCAAAGGUAAACUUUCGUUUUCCAUUAAAACCAGUGAAGAUGAUGAUUCUGAGAAAGAUUUUUAUCAAGAUAAAGAUGAAAAUGAAGAUGAAUAUGAAAAUGUAGAAUCUAUCUUUCGGAAAUCAGUGUCAGAAUUAUCUAUCAAGCUUGAUAAGGAAAAUUCAGAUGAUAGCAAUGUACAAGUCUGGUUUGAUCUUGAGAUCCAUAUCCAUCCUGGGAAACCUGUAAACACUAUUGAAAUAAGAUGUAUUUCUAUGGAGAGCAUUUGGUUUGAAAUACCUCUCCGUAAUGCAAGAGAUAACAUUCUUCAAAUAGAAGUGCUGUUAUCAAAUCCUGCCCUUUCUGGGAUCAAGAACUUUACGUUGAAUCCAGAAGAAUGUAUUGACUAUGCUGUAUGCUAUACCCCACUGGCUACAGGCUAUAGAGAGGAAAGCAUUAUUUUUCAGCCUGAUAAGAUUCUUGAGUUCUGGUAUGUACUGAAAUUUACUGUCGAAUUACCAAAUCCAGUCACAACGCCAGAAAUGCAGUGUGACCUUGGGAAGGUUGUCUCUCAGAACUUUUCUGUAGUUAAUUGUACACAUGAAACCUUAAAAUUGGAAGUGAAAAACACCAAUCCUGAUCAUUUUACCCUGGAUGCUUACAUAUCACCAUGUACAAAGAUGCUUACUCAAACAAAAGUGUUGAUUGUUUUGUUUCUUUUUCUUCUUUCUAAAUUUACACAGCUGACUGUACCUCCUUACUCGAUGGAAAAGUUACAUGUUCAAUUUCGUCCUUCUGCUCUUGGAAGAGUUGGUCACCAAGCUUCUAUUAUCUUCUCCUGUGCUCAGUUUGAAGAAUGGCGAUUCCUCCUUUCUGGAAUAGGACUAUUUCCACAGCCUCUAGAAUUGGAAAGAACGACCACCUUCCUUCGGCAGCUAUCAACUUUGGCUAUAACUUUUGAAAAUCCCAGCUACGAAAAUGUUUUCAUCGACAUCCUACUAACAAAUCGGGAAAUGCCCAAGGAUUUCACCCUUGGCAUUCAGUGCGAUAGCUUCCUCAUUGAGAAUUCUGCCUUCAAGCUUGGUUUGGAUCCUGCACAAGACAUUGCAUUGCCUCCUAGAGGGGUUAUUUCUAUCCCAGUGUGCUUUGUUCCCAAAGUUAUGAAAUUAAGGAAAACGAUGGCCGUUGUUCAAGUGAGGAGGGCAAGUGGAAAAAACUGGACUAUUGACAAUUUUGAUGAAUUGACACCAGAGAUGAAAAGAAUUAUAGGAGUAGACUGUGGAGAAAUCCAAGCAAUACGAUGGAUAUACCCUAUCCUUGGACUCCCACAGGCAAAACAUGAAGAAUACCCUCCAAGUGUCAUAAAAUCUCAGGCCAAGAAACGGAUAGAAAAGGAGGUGGAAAUCACAGUAACUGGUGAAUUUUUGGGAGAAAAUCCUAUAUUAAAUGAAUCAGAUUUUACAGUGGUUCCAAAACAACGUUCAUAUUCAUCUUAUGAAGAUAUUGAUGAUGUACCUAUAAAACGUGAAUUUGAAUAUGAAAUUCUAUAUGAAUCUGAAGAUGUGAAGUCUUACUUGCAGCCCUCUGUGGCCAUAUAUUUGAGGAAGAAAUCUUAUGAUAUCAAGGCUCAAAUGAUAACAUUGGGAUUCAGUCUGAUAUUUUCACCAAAGAAACCAUUGAGGUCUCAAAUUAUACUGAAAAUAGAGUGCAUAACAGAUGGGAUCUGGAACUUUCCCAUAACAUUAAUUGCUACUGAGCCUGAUGUGGAUGACGUCAUUAAUAUUAAAGGGAGUUGUUUAUUUAAGGAAUCUGUUACUGACUUCUGGCUGACGAGUCGGAAAAGAUAUCCUGAUCCAUUUACUGCAUACUUCUUACCUGACAGUGAUCCUGAGUUUUUCGUAAAACCCCAGUCUGGGGAAAUUCCUCCUUUUGACACUAAUGGAAUUAUCCUAAUUGUGGGUUUUAAACCCCAAAUGUAUGGUAGGAAAUACAGAGCAAAAUUAGUAAUAAAGACAGAGGAUAUGUACUAUUUAUAUGCUGUCAAUGGAUUAUUACCUCAAGUCACCAAGCCACCAAAGAAUGUAAAAGCCAAAAUUGAUGCAACUAACAAGAAGUUUAACUACAGGCCAGUUAUUCAGCAUCGUUUUAUCAAAGAAAAUGCUAACAUUAUAAGGACAGCGCCAUCCUCUCCCAUCAAGGCUGUUCCUUUGAUGAAGAAUAAAUAA